UUGGAAUUUGGAACCUUACCAGAGUUAAAAAGGAAAUAGCGAUGAAUCUGCAGAUGAAAACACAGGGCAAAGUGUGAGUGGGGGGGACACAAGGAAAAUGGUACGAAAGGUUUUUUUCCACAACGAAAAGCAAGUCAAGUCGUUGGUCGUUGCGCUCUUUUGCAGUCCAGUCUUCCUUGAGGAGAGCUUGAAGAAAAGCAGGGCCGAUUACUUCUUUGACUGGACCUGCUAUAGUCCUUCUCCUCUCCUAUGGUACUCCUCACAAACGUAGCCGGCUCUCAAUUCUCAAUUGAAUUGAACCCAAAGCUUCAAAUUCAAAUACACCCAGAUUGAAAGUCGUAAGGAAGGGCUAAGGUGUGGUGGAUUCAUAUUUAAAUCUCUAAUAUGUAGCAAACAGCAAUCUUAGUUGUGUCCUAUUUGCUAGUUCAAUUGGAUUAUGACUGGUCUUUUUAUGAGAAUGACAAUGAAUAGCAGCGCCCAUACUGUUCUUAUUGUUAUGUAUGUCUGGUUGCUGUCGAGUGGCACUUUCAGCUAUGGAGAUAAGAGGGAUAUUGAUUGCUUGAGAGCUAUAAAAGAUUCGUUGGAGGACCCAUUAAAUUACUUAAACUCUUGGGAUUUCAAAAACAGCACCGAAGGUUUCAUCUGUGGAUUUAUUGGGAUUGACUGCUGGCAUCCUGAUGAGAACAGGGUGUUGAAUAUCCGUCUUUCGGACAUGGGACUCAAGGGUGAGUUUCCACAAGGUAUUGCGAAUUGCACAUCCUUAACUGGCGUAGACAUGUCCAGCAACAAACUGUACGGACCUAUUCCAUCUAACAUCUCUCAAAUACUCCAGUUUGUGACAUCUCUUGAUCUCUCCUCCAACAAUUUGUCAGGAGAUAUCCCUUUGGACCUUGCAAAUUGUUCCUAUCUGAAUGUCCUUAAAUUGGACAACAACCAGUUGAGUGGUCAGAUUCCUGCACAAAUUGGCCUGCUUGGUCGAAUCAAAACUUUCAGUGUUUCAAACAAUCGCCUGACUGGUCCAGUUCCAACAUUUUCCAAUGCUACUAUUUCAGCAGAUAGCUAUGCAGGCAAUGCAGGACUCUGUGGGAGUCCUUUGCCUAUUUGCAAGGGACCCCCAAAGAAAAGCAACACUGGAAUCAUUGCUGGGGCAGCUAUAGGUGGGGUGACUCUUUCAGCAUUAGUUGUGGGCGCUGGUAUGUUCUUCUUCUUGCGUAGAGUGUCCAAAAUGAAGAAGGAUGACGAUCCUGACGGAAACAAAUGGGCAAAGAGUAUUAAGGGAGCCAAAGGCAUCAAGCUUUCCACGUUCGAGAAGUCAAUUUCGAAAAUGAGACUAAGUGAUCUCUUGAAGGUUACUAGCAACUUUAGCAAAGACAAUAUCAUUGGGUCAGGAAGAACAGGUACUAUGUACAAGGCAGUACUUGAAGAUGGCACGUCCCUUAUGGUGAAGAGGUUGCAGGACACUCAACACUCAGAGAAAGAGUUUGUGUCUGAGAUGGCUACUUUGGGGAAUGUGAAGCACCGUAACUUGGUUCCUCUUUUGGGUUUUUGCACUACCAAGAAGGAGAGGCUUUUGGUCUAUAAGUACAUGCCAAAUGGUACCCUUCAUGAUAAGCUACAUCUUGUAAGUGACGAUGGAAAAAAUAUGGAGUGGCCUUUGCGGCUAAAAAUUGGGAUUAGGGCAGCCAAAGGGUUUGCAUGGCUCCACCAUAAUUGCAAUCCACGCAUCAUCCACCGAAACAUAAGUUCCAAGUGCAUCUUAUUGGAUCUGGAUUUUGAGCCAAAAAUAUCUGAUUUUGGACUUGCAAGGCUCAUGAACCCAGUUGACACUCAUUUGAGUACUUUUGUAAAUGGGGAGUUUGGAGAUCUGGGUUAUGUCGCUCCCGAGUAUGCACGAACUCUUUUGGCCACUCCAAAGGGGGAUGUCUACAGUUUUGGAGUAGUGCUUCUUGAGUUGGUAAGCAGUGAGAGACCUACCCAUGUGGCUAAAGCCCCCGAAAGCUUUAAGGGAAAUCUGGUGGAAUGGAUCACACAGCUCUCUAGCAAUUCUAAGCUACAAGAUGCUUUUGACGAAUCUUUGGUUGGGAAGGGUGAUGAUGGUGAGCUUUUCCAGGUUCUUAAAGUUGCAUGUAGUUGUGUACUGCCAACACCCAAGGAGAGGCCUACUAUGUUUGAGGUAUACCAGCUUCUGAGAGCUAUUGGGGAGCGGUACCACUUGACUACUGAUGAUGAAAUAUUGAUGCCGUCAGACACUGGUGAUUCUGGUCAUCUUGAGGAACUUAUUGUUGCUCGAGAAGUAGUAUAGUGUUGCUCAAGUAGUAGAGUAGCAUUGAAAAGGUACAAGUGAGAUGUAGUAUUGAGGGGCACUGUAAUCAGUGUGCAAUCAGCUGUUGUUGUUGGUAUUUGAAUGACUGUUUAUAUCCUAAAAAAGGUUCAGUGCUUCAGUCAUUGAUUUUGCUCGUAGCCUCAUUGUACAUUUGAAGCCUUCGCCAUAUUUGAACUCAACAACUCCAGGUUAAUUGCUUGUUUAUGGCCGCCUGACAUGUACAGCUUUCUUUGUUCCCGUUUUUAAAACUAUAUACCAGAGUGUUUUGUUGGAUCGUC